UGAUCAUCCGUGAAAUGGAGACAGGAAAUGUCACCUUUAAUGUCGAUGCGAUGUAAUCUUCAAACCUUAAUCUAAUGAAUUUUAGUUGCACGAAAAAAUCCAUAUAUGUCCCCUUCAAAAAUAUUUUAGUCAAGAGAUCAUGCUGUGAACUUGCCCCCAAGGUGGUAUGUAAGCCUCAUCGAAUCAAUCCCCAGAACCUCCCACUUCUUCCCAUACCCAAGCUGGAACACACCUUGUCCAAAUUCUUGAAAUCGGCAGAACCGUUCGUGACCCAUUGCGAAUUGACAACAGCACGAGACGUUUGUCAGAAAUUCUGGAAACACGAAGGGUAUCACAUACAGCAACUGUUGAUCCAAAGAGCACGAGCGUCCCACAACUGGCUGGACGAAUGGUACUUGAAAUGCUCCUACCUAUGCAACAGAGAAGGCCUUCCUAUGAACACAAGCCCUGUGGUUACUUUUCCCACCGAGAACUUUGCUUCCAGAUGCAACCAAAUCAAUUACGCCGCUAAGAUUAUCCUGGGAGUACUGAAAUUUAGGCAGUUGAUCCAGGAGAGGAGACUGCGUCCGGAAACAUGGAGGAAGUACCCGUUGGAUAUGGGGGUUUACAAAAGGUUAUUUUCGCACACUCGAAUACCAAAGGUUGGUUGUGAUGAGCUAGUCAAGCAGGAUCGAGAGUCUCACCAUAUAAUCGUGGUUUACAACAAUAAUUUCUUCAAACUCGUUGUGACGAACGACGAGGCAAAACCUUUGAGUCUUCCACAAUUGUUGACGAGGUUGGAAGAUGUUUUGGAAUGUGGCUACGCAAGAGGGGAACCUUUCGGUAUUCUAACAUCCAUGAAGAGGGAUAGAUGGAGUAAAGUUUACGCUCAUAUGAAACAGUUGCCGGAAAACGAUGAGUACUUGGAAGAUAUUCAAAGAGCCUUAUUCGUUGUUUGCUUGGAUGAAUGUUCCCCAUUGACAUUAGGUUCGGAGGAAGAUAGAAGGUUGAUUGCUUGUCUGAACGGUUUUCAUGGACAUGGUCCAGCAGCCAACGCUGCCAACAGGUGGUACGACAAAACUCUGCAGUUUUUCGUUAGUUUAGACGGUUCGGCUGGUAUAAUUUUCGAGCAUAGUCCGGUGGACGCUAUACCACUGGGAAAAAUGGCGGAUUUUUUAGUGUCUUACCUGAAGGGAGAGGAGUGGUUGCACGUCCCCUUCUUGGAGCUUUGCGAAAAGCCCAAACUGUUGAGUUUGAUCAGUUCCAACGAUACCAAAAUCGCUAUGAAAGAGGGGUGCGUCCAAGCUCAGGAGAAGACCAACACCUUCAGCUGCCAAGUGCACCAAUACGACAAGUACGGCAAGGGUUUCUGCAAAGACCACGACGUUAGCCCCGACGCAAUAGUACAGCUAGCCAUACAGCUCGCACACGUGACCGUCCACGGGAAUUUCGUGGCCCAACAAGAAAUAGCAACCACGAGAAGAUUCUUCCUUGGUAGAAACGACGUGGUCCGGUCUUGCAGUUGCGAAAUGGUGCGGUUCAUAAAGUCCAUAGAUGAUCCGCUGAUUUUUCUGCGGGACAGGUUCGAUUAUCUCAAAGAAGCGGUUAGGGUGCAUCGAGACUUAUGCGAGGAUGCCAUGGGGGGAAGGGCGAUCGACUGUCACUUGUUCGGAUUGAUGAUGGCCUGCAAAGAGGCCGGACUGCACUUGCCCAAGGUCUUCCAGACCAGGGCGUAUCUGAGGAGCAGUAAAUUCAAGAUCCUCUCGAUGCAGGUACCGAUGGAGAGCGACUGUUUCGUGUGCUACCCGCCAGGAUGCCACGGCGGCUACGGCGUCUGCUACAUUCCGAGAAGAGAAGACUUCAACAUUUGCGUGACCUGUAGGAGGAACGACUGCGAUACGAACUCCAAGAAGUUGGUGGAUUAUUGGAGUUGCGGAAUGAAGAAAUUGUCGGAUAUUUUGUGUGGGUAUGAGAGGCGGAAGAAAAAACUAUGUGAUUAACGUUUUUAUGUACGGACUGGGUAUUCUGUCCAAACCAAUAUAAAA